CCCCGCAGGAGUGCAUCAGAUAUACUUGGGACCUUUAAGGAAAAAAAAAAAAAAAAAAAAAAAGGGAAACUUAUUGACUGUCGCUAUAAAAAAGAGACUAUAGCUCUAAUAUUAAAUGCAUUUGUUGAAUUAACUCUCUGGAUUAUGAUAGUGUGUUUUAUCAUACACACAAUCUCUUUGUAUCUAAAGCAGUGUCAGUUUAAUGUACUGUUUACUUGUGCCAGAAUUUCUCUGCGACUCUGAAUCUAGACCUGUCGUGUGUUCGUCGAGGUGCACGGAGGGAAUCGCCAUGGGAAAUCGCUCCUGCAUUAAACAGCACCCAGACAGCAUGGUUUUUGGCUAACAGCCCCGUUCCAGGAAAGAUACUACCUUUGAACCAAAGCCUUAAGCACGCUCGCCUUACCUUGGGGAAGAGGGUGAUGGUUUUGCUGCGUGCUCUGCGGAGAUAAAAUAUUCCAAGUGCCCUUUCCGGAGUGGAGAUGUUUGUGUUUUUGCUCCUGUUGUGUCUCGCUGAUGGGGUAGUUUCGCAGAUCCGUUACUCUGUGUCCGAGGAAUCGGAGCAUGGCACGUUUGUGGGAAAUAUCGCAGAGGAUUUGGGACUGGACCUUACCAAACUUUCAUCCCGCCGCUUUCAGGUGGUGCCCAGCUCGCGGACGCCGUACCUGGAAGUAAAUUUGGAGAAUGGGGUGCUUUUCGUGAACGAGAAGAUUGACCGGGAGCGCAUCUGUAAGCAGAGCACCAGCUGUUUGCUUCACCUGGAAGUGUUCCUUGAGAACCCGCUCGAGCUCUUCCGCGUGGAGAUAGAGGUGGUGGACAUCAACGACAACCCGCCGAGCUUCCCGGAGACGGACAUCACCGUAGAAAUAUCCGAGAGCGCGACCCCUGGCACGCGCUUCCCUUUGGAGAGCGCCUUCGACCCUGAUGUCGGUAGUAACGCACUGCGCACCUACGACAUCACCAAUAACAACUAUUUCUACCUAGAUGUGCAAACUCAGACUGACGGCAACAAAUUCGCCGAGCUGGUUUUGGAAAAGCCACUGGAUCGGGAACAACAGGCGACGCACCGUUAUGUUCUCACUGCCGUGGACGGUGGCCAGCCACCUCGGACCGGGACAGCUCUGCUUGUGGUUAGGGUGCUCGACUCCAAUGACAACGUGCCCGUGUUUGAUCAGCCGGUGUACUCUGUGAACCUGGCUGAGAACGCGCCCGUGGGCACGCUUGUUAUCCAGCUUAACGCGACAGACUCUGAUGAGGGCCCGAACGGAGAGGUCAUUUACUCAUUCAGCAACCACAUAUCGAACAGAGUGAAGGAACUGUUCGAUAUUGACGCAAGAACUGGCCGGAUAGAGGUCAGAGGUGAGGUGGACUUUGAGGAGAGCAGCCUGUAUCAGAUUUACGUUCAAGCGAAAGACAUGGGACCUAAUGCUGUGCCCGCGCAUUGUAAAGUUUUAGUAAAAGUGGCAGAUGUGAAUGACAACGCGCCAGAGAUUGUCUUCAGCACCGUCACGGAGUCCGUUAGUGAGAACGCAGCCACGGGCACCGUCAUCGCGCUGAUCAGUGUCACCGAUCAAGACUCUGAGGAGAACGGCCAGACUCAUGUGGAGAUUCUCGGCGACGUUCCUUUUAAACUCAAAACCUCGUUCCGAAAUUAUUACACUAUUGUCACCGACGGUCCUCUAAACCGAGAGAAUGUAGAGACGUACACUGUCACUGUGGUUGCGCGGGAUAAAGGAGUUCCAUCUCAAUCGACCAGCAAAUCAAUGAAAGUGCACGUGUCCGAUGAGAAUGACAACGCGCCCACGUUUACGCAGCCAAUGUAUGAUGUGUAUGUGACUGAAAACAACGUCCCCGGUGCUUAUAUUUACGCUGUCAGUGCCGUUGACCCUGACGUCGGACAGAAUGCUUAUAUAACUUACUCAGUAGUGGAGUGUGAGAUCCAGGGUAUGUCCGUGGUCACUUACGUGUCAAUCAAUUCGGAGAAUGGGUAUCUUUACGCCCUCAGAUCCUUUGAUUAUGAGCAACUAAAAGACUUUAGCUUCAUUGUUCAAGCCAGAGACUCGGGAAGCCCUGAACUGUGGUCCAACGCCACAGUAAAUGUAAUUAUAGUGGAUCAGAACGAUAACGCGCCGUCUGUGAUUGCGCCUCUUGGAAAAAAUGGCACUGCGCGGGAGCCUUUGCCGCGCUCUGCCGAACCAGGCUACUUGGUGACGCGCAUUGUCGCCAUGGAUGCAGAUGAUGGAGAGAACGCGAGGUUGUCCUAUAGUAUACAGCGAGGUAAUGAGAAUGGCAUGUUCCGAAUGGACUGGCGCACCGGGGAGUUGCGCACGGCCCGCCGGGUGUCAGCCAAACGAGACCUGCAACAGCUUUAUGAGCUGUUGAUUGAGGUGAGAGAUCACGGGCAGCCUCCCAUGUCCUGCAGCGCGGUGGUGCAGGUGACACUCGUGGAAAGUCUCGUGGAGGGCCACAGUGGAGAGCGCGGCUCGGCCAAGGCCAAAGACGCGUCUCUGGACUUGACACUCAUUCUCAUCAUAGCGCUUGGCUCUGUCUCCUUUAUUUUCCUCCUGGCCAUGAUUGUGCUGGCCGUGCGCUGUCAGAAGGACAAAAAGCUGAAUAUUUACAGCACUUGUCUGGCGAGCGACUGCUGCUGCCUUAUAGGCUGUGGGUCGUGCGGGUCAGGCGGCUGCUGCGGGCGUCAAGCCCGGGCUACCCGAAAAAAGAAGAAACUAAGCAAGUCGGACAUCAUGCUGGUCCAGAGCACCAAUACAGCCAACGUGAGCGUGGCGAGCGCUGCGCAGGUGCCCGUGGAGGAAUCGGGGAGCUUCGGUUCGCUUCAUCAGAGCCAAAACUAUUGUUACCAAGUCUGCCUGACCCCAGAAUCGGCCAAAACGGACCUGAUGUUCCUGAAGGCCUGUAGCCCGUCCCGCAGCAAUGACACCGAGCACAACCCGUGCGGAGCCAUAGUGGCAGGCUAUACUGACCAACAGCAACCUGACAUCAUAUCAAACGGCAGCCUGCUCUCCAGUGAGACAAAACACCAGAGAGCAGAGCUAAGUUACUUGGUGGACCGACCAAGGCGCGUUAACAGCUCAGCGUUCCAAGAGGCGGAUAUCGUGAGCUCAAAAGACAGUGGUCAUGGAGACAGCGAGCAGGGAGACAGUGACCAUGACGCCAUGCAUCGCGGGCAUUCCUCUGGAGCAGACCUGUUCUCCAACUGCACGGAGGAGUGUAAGGCCCUCGGCCACUCAGAUCGCUGCUGGAUGCCAAGUUUUGUGCCCACCGAGGCUCGGCAGGGCACCGAUUACCGCAGCAACCUGCAUGUGCCAGGCAUGGACUCGGUACCCGACUCUGAGGUAUUUGAGGGCGAGACGCUGGCGGGCGAUCAGUUAUUCUCCACCUUUGGCAAAGAGACGCCACACCACCCCAACCAGACGCACCAACAUCAACACCACCAACAUCAACACCACCUCAAUGCCUCCACACUAGAGAGGAAAGAGUUCGAUGCACUUCUGUGUAACUCGCGCAUGCCUUACAAAGCCGCCUGUCUGUGUGAGUAUCUUGAAGAGAGAGCUUUCUGUCUCUCUUGAUCUGACCCAAAAGCAUUCCAAAUUCAAGGCUUCUGGCAUGAAGUGCUGUUGAAUUCUCCUCUAAAGACCUCUUGACCUUCACAUCUCUGCCCUAUUUUACCCAUCAGCAUCUGUCCGUCUCUUCAUCCUUCAUCUGCUCUUCAUCCUUUUACUGCUACCAGGUCUACAUUCAUAAAAAGAAAGGCUCCAGUUAGAACCAACAAGGGUUUUACAACUUAGUUCCACAAAGAACCUUUUAUUCUCUAAAGAAUAAAGAUCCAUCUAUGUACUGCUGCUUUAAAGUCCCCUGGAGGGCUUCGCUUUUCCUUUUAACAGAUGAAUGGAGGAAUCAAUUCACCAAUAUCAGAAAAAACCUAUAAUGGAACAUCAAGAGUUUUUUUAAUGGGCAAGAUUAAAACAUCUAAAUGCUUGGUAACACUUUACAAUUAGGUUCUGUUUGAAAACAUUUGUUAAUGCAUUAGCAUUUAUUAAUCUUAAUGCUACUUGAUCAAAUUAGAUUUUUCAUUGUCAGUUAAUGUUAUUUUAUAAUGCAUUAUCUAAUGUUAACAUCAUAUCAUGUUCACCAAAUGUUAUUUUAAAAAUGUAUUAGUAUAUGUGAAAACAACCAUUAACCAACAUGAAGAAGUGCUGCAAAAUAAUUGUUCAUUGUUAACUAAUGUAGUUAACUAAUGUUAACAUAUACAACUUAAAAAAAAAAAAAAAAAAAAAGUAUUAGUAUAUGUUGAAAAUAACAUUAUCCAAGAUUAAAAAGUGCUGCAAAAGUUUUGUUUAUUGUUCAUUUAUGUUACCUAAUAUCAUUAACUAAUGAUAAGGAACAAUUAAGUUUAACCAAAUGUGUUAAUCUUUUUUUUUCUUUUUUUUUUUUUUUCAAACCAUAGAAGCCUGUACAGUCAAAACGUCCUGGUUACUUUCGUAACCUCCAUUCCCUGAUGGAGGGAACGAGACGUUGUG